UUGGCAGUGGGCUGAAGAGGGUUGUACGAGACUUCUGAUGUCUUACCCUUUGAAUAAAUAUACGGAAUAGGUCUUUUUUUACCCCCUGUCAUUGUAGGUGUUUGCGUGUGUCUGAAUCGGUGUCAUUGCAUAUUCAGGAGUGUAAUAUUGGUUUAUGUAUCCAAGAGCUUCUAAAACGACACGCUGACACCCGACAACGGUGGCAAUAAAAACCGAAGCCACGGAGAUGGGACUUUCUUCAUGCAUCCCAGGUCUAAAGCCGUUUGGUUACAUACUAACCAACGUCCUACUUCUGAGGGAGCGAUUCCAAACCGUAACGCCAGGCAUGAUGGAAAUCAAAACGAAUACAACAUGAUAUCUACUGGCGCGCAGAUCUAUAACCGUAAAGUCAUGUUCAUCCUCUCUGACCUCUGCAGGGCUUUACAGAGUUGCAAGCCUCCUGUCUGACUGAACCAACAGUGCAUUUGCAUUGCAGACACAUGGCGAAAAGUGUCGUCAGAGUGAUUUGGCAGAACGCGUAAUAAGUUGAGCGGAUCUAUUGAGCGUCGAUCUACGCUCUUCCCUCACCUCGCUGUCGCCCAGGUUGUGUUUACCCAAGUCCCAGUGGGCGGGGUCUGUAGUGCUCCACUCAGCUGAGUGUGUAUCUGUGUGACAGGAGGAGGGACGAAGGUUGCACCUGUAGCUCUACACCUGACUAUCAGAGAGAGACAGAGAGAGAGAGAGAAUAGGCUGCACAGGGGAGGACGAAGAAGACGAAGUGUAGGACAGCAGUAAAAGGAUAAGAGUGGAAGAGGAUUCUGGAGUGGAUAUUGGAGUGGCAAUGAUCUGAUAUUUGAGUCGAUAUAUUUGGUUUUCCAAGCAGGGUUUCUCCCAUAAACUAUUAAGCUUUGGGAGGAAGGUCGUCUCCAGAGCUCUACAUAUAUACAGGCCCCUCCAUUCUUCCAUCCCGCUCUCCCUCCUCUCUGUGUUUGUGUGUGGUCAUGGCUGACCCAUCGCCUGGCUGGUGGAAGCUGACCUUCCUACGUAAGAAGAAGUCAGAGCCCAAGGUUCUGUACGAGAUCCCAGCGGAGCAUGGCAGCAAUACCACACCCCACAGUGGAGCCCCCGGGCCAGUAGAGGGCAACACAGAGGACAGCCAAUUGAACGCCCGUCUGGAGAGGAUAGUGGAUAAGACGGCCACCAAGGGACGCCAUGUCAAAGUGUCCCACUCGGGACGUUUUAAAGAGAAGAAGAAGAUCAGGGCCACGUUAGCAGAAACGCCCGAUCUGUUCCCUGGUCACAAGACUAGCGACAAGAACCUCUGAGCUCUGGGAAAUGAGUUCACGUACACACACGCAAACACACCAAAACGUCAUGUCUUUCUCUAUCAAACGAAUUCGUGCAGACUCAAACACAGAAGACUUUCUUUGCCUCUCCCUCAAACACAUACAUCGGUCUCACCAUUUCACACGGUCCCUCUAUCACACCCAGUAACACGCACAGAGAUGAAAGGCAGUGCAUCCCCAUUGGGCCAUGACAUUUUGUGUCAAUCCAGUCAGAUAUCUCUGUUCUUUCGUUCCCUAGAAAUCUGGGACUGACUGAGAGUCUUUGUAGGCAUCUCAGUAUCACACUCUCUCUGUCCCUUCCAUCUAUAAAUCAGUGGAGUGGUGGAAGAAUGGGACACCUGAUUCUCCCCUGUCUGUCUGCAUCCUACCUAGGCCACGAAUACAUAAACAGACUACCUUUAAUAAAGGUGCUAUUAGUCAUCUCCGAUUUUAAAUAUUCAACAGGUCCUAGGGACAUGGGGAGUUUCAGGUCCUGCAUAUUACACUGUACAGUCAUGGUACGGUACAGAAUGUGUACUUUAUUGGUGUUGCUUAAGUUUCUUGUCUGUUCAAAAGCAAAUAGGUAACGUAUGAAACAGACGUUGUUGUAUGCAUAACAGCUUUAUGACCUAGAGGGCAUGGUUACUGGCUGUUGGAGGUUGACUGGUUUCCAUAGCAAAAUACUAUGUCACGUGUCAUUCGUAGACAUGUCACCUCAAAAAUCAAUUGUUCUAAAAUCAAUUGUUCUCAAACUAACCUGAGUUUUAAAACCUGAGGAUAUAUUGUCCUGUUUGUUUUUCUUUCUUUAAAGCUGAAAAAAAAAUAGCGGUAGGCCUCUCUUUUAUCCCUUCAGAAUUUAACCUCAAACUAGACAAACGUUUCAGUUUUUCUUCUAGUUGCACUUUCUAAUGUAAAAGUGAAGGACUGCUUCAUAGAUCGACUGCAAGGCUCCAACAUAACUCCUCUGCAUUUCUCCAGUGUUGCUUUAGUGUUUUACAACAGUCUUUUGGAGAUAUUGGCAAACACUGAAGCCAAACUAAAACCAGAGAUGGAAGAGGAAGCGAGACACCCCACUUGCUGUUUUUUUUUUUUUGUUGGUUCAAUGAAGUAAGUGGACCAGACCCAGCUGCUAUUGCAUUGGUGGCUAUGGUCGACACACCCAGUUAAGUAGACUGGAACAGACUAUUUAUUUUCGAUGGUAAACGGCCUGAGUGAACUAUCUUCACUUAUCCACCAUAUUUGCUAAAACUACACAUGAGAUCCCUCCUCUACAAAGACUGAAAAAGUACAUUUCAUUUCCACCUUCUACACUUAAUGACAAAAAUCACUUUUAUUGAAACGGUGCUGUACAUUCUGAGUAAUUUUGUAAAAUAAAUACAGACUUGUUUUAUAAAUAAAAUAUAUGUCGUAUUGUA